AUGGAUAUUGUGGACCCCCCACCGAGUUUCAGCGAAUACGUGCUGGGUUUAGUUCAACCUGCUGUCCUGCUGGCAUGGUCUUUUAAACAUUACGCUGUCGUCGUCUCAGAAACAAUCUUCCUACGCGGACAGAUCCUCGCACCCAUCUUUCGAUCCCGCCAAGUUCGGGACGAAGCCUUUGGACGAUUCUGGAUCAACUUCUCCGUGGCCCGCGACGAGAAAGGAACCCCCAUCGUAGACAAGGAUGUCCCCGACCCAAGCACCCUCAGAGGUUCAUCCGCACUAAUUCCAGAUAUCCUCUCAAAGGCCCGCGGAGUUGUCCUCGACGUUGGUCCAGGGUCAGGCACACAGAUGCCGUAUUUCGCUGACCUAGCCACUAAAGAAAAGGCUUCGACUAUCUACGGCGCUGAACCGUGUGUAGGCCUACAUACGGAAUUGCGUCAGCGUAUUCUCGCCAAUGGACUUGACUCGAAAUAUCAUAUUUUAUCCGCUGCUGCUGAUAAAACUCAACUUGUCGAUGCGCUCCGGAGGGAAGGUGUGCAGUUCAAUGACGAGGGUAUUUUCGAUACUAUCGUUUGCAUUCGAGUCCUAUGCUCCGUGCCCAAUCCCGCUCAGACAAUCUCAGAUCUAUACUCCCUCCUACAACCGGGGGGUCAAAUGCUCAUUGUCGAGCAUGUGAUUAACCCAUUCUCAUUAUUCGGUAAUCGGAAAGGAGGGAAUUUCCUUGCUAGAGUCAUGCAGACUGUGUAUACGAUGUUGGGUUGGAGAUUUUUUAUUGGUGAUUGUGAUCUUCUUCGGGAUACGGAGACGUAUUUGCGAAAUGCGGCGGAGAGGGAUGGGGGGUGGAAGUCGUUUGAUUUGGAGACGAGGUUUACUUGGUCUACGCUUCCGUAUAUUUCGGGUGUGUUGGUGAAGAGGAAUUAACGAUGAGAGUUGGAGAUUUGGAUGCCCUCAGAUAUGGAAGCCUUAUCAAAUGGUAUAUUUGUCUAGUAACCUUUGACACUGGUAGUAUGAAUGGUAUCUAUGUAUUAAAACACUCAAAUAGUUUCAUAUCUCAUAAAUGGAACAUCAAUACUUAAGCAGGCAUCGGACGUCCAGGUGGCCACCAGUCAAAAAAGUCCAAUGCAUCCGCAGUCCACGGACCAGACUCAGUCCUAACAGUACUAUUCCGUUCAUUCAUCGGAGGUCCUGUAGUAGCAAGUGGCCGAGAAAGGGCAUUACUUGCGUUGUCCAAAUUCCGUAAAGCAUUCGUAUCCGAGUGAGCUCUGCGAAAGACACGCUCGCUCCUCUUGAUGACAGUUGUAGAAAGUCCUUCUGCUAUUGAUGGGCGGGCUAAAUUUUCUGCGGGAUCUGAGUUGGAUUCCGAAACCAUAUGAGAUAUAUCCGAAUUACUGCGCAUAACAGGCGCUCUUUGACCGAGUACCUCGUGCUCGCUGUCUGGCUCCAAGGGAGAAGAUGCCAUUAACACGGCUAGGUCAUCGCCCAUGUCAUCUUGUAAUUCCACCCCAGCUGAUGAAGCAAGAGGACCGUACACCGAAGCAUGUGUUGGA